UACAAGAUAAGAGAGAGAAGAGAGAAGAGGAACAGCAUGGACCAACUAGCGGUCAAGAUGUUCCACUACAAAGACAAGGAGCAGUCCUCCAACCUGCUCCUGCAGCUCAACAGACUGAGACAGGAGAGCAUCCUGACCGAUGUGUCCCUGUGUUCAGAUAACACAGAGAUCCCGUGCCAUCGCAACGUCCUGGUCUCCAGCAGCCCCUACUUUAGAGCCAUGUUCUGCAACAACUUCAAAGAGACACAGCAGACUAAGAUUGACUUAAAGGGCAUCACAUCAGUCAUUCUGAGCAGUAUCAUUGACUAUGUUUACACGGGACUCAUCAGUAUCAGCAUGGAAAUCGUGCUGCCUCUGAUGCAGGCGGCAUCCAUGUUGCAAUAUGGCCGCCUUUUUGAGGCCUGCUCAAGCUUCCUUCAGGAGCAGUUGAGCCCCGACAACUGUUUGAGCAUGAUACGACUCUCUGAGAUCCUGAAUUGUUACAGUUUAAGGGACAAAGCGAAGGAGAUGGCCAUGAAGAGCUUCUCUGAUGUGUCAGCAUCUGAGGAUCUGUGUGAGCUCUCCUUACCAGAGCUCAUGGGAUACCUGGAGGACGACGGUCUUUACGCGGAGGAGGAGCAGGUCUUUGAGACGCUGGUAGCUUGGAUCCACCAUGAUCCUUUAUCAAGGCGUGGAUCAGUCAGUGACCUUUUCAAGAAGGUUCGCCUCCGCUACAUCCAUCCCACAUACCUCUUUCAAUUCAUAGCCAAUGACCCUCUGAUCCAGUCCUCCAGCCUCUGCACCGGGCUCAUAGAAUCUGUCAGACGACUGAUGUUUUCCGUCAGCACAAAAUGUCUUGGUGACACAGCAGUUGACUUCAAACCUGUCUGGGUUGCACCGAGGCGCUUCUCCUACCACGAAAUGUUGGUGGUGGUGGGAGGGAGGAAGAACAACGAGCAGACCUCAAGGGAGGCCCUCGUCUUCGAUGAGAGUAGCGAAACAUGGCAGAUGCUCGCCAAGCUGCCCAUUCGUCUGUACAAAGCCUCCUAUGUCGCACUUCACAGUGUCCUGUAUGUUAUCGGAGGUCUGACCACAAACACAAAGAACUACCAGGUCAGCACGACCGUCUACACCCUCUCCCUCAAGACCAACCAGUGGCGGACGGCGGAGCCCAUGUUGACGCCGCGCUUUGCCCACCAAAGUGUCUCCUACCUCCACUUCAUCUUCGUCCUGGGUGGCUUUGGGCCUGACAGACGACUGACGGACAGCGCAGAGAGGUACAACAGUAUGUUUAACCAAUGGGAGGCUAUGGCGCCCAUGCCUGAGGCUGUGUUGCACCCUGCAGUGGCUGCUUUUAACCAGAGGAUCUAUGUGUUUGGAGGAGAGGAUGCCAUGCAGAAGCCAGUAAGAAUAAUACAGGUGUAUCACAUUGCCAGGAACAUGUGGUCUACGAUGGAGAACAGAACGGUGAAGAAUGUGUCUGCUCCUGCUGUCGUUGUGGAUGACAAAAUCUACAUCAUUGGAGGAUACACCAGGAGAAUGAUCGCAUACGACACCAAGGCCAACCGGUUCAUUAAAUGUGCCAACCUGAAGGAGAGAAUGAUGCACCACUCUGCCACCGCCCUCAAUGGCAAAAUCUACGUCACAGGCGGACGUCACAUCAACGGCCAUGACGUCAUAGAGGACUCUGACAAUGUCGAGUGCUACGACCCAAAGACAGACACUUGGAUAUCUAAGGGGACUCUGCCGUUUAAGCUGUUCGACCAUGGAUCGCUGACUCUGACGCAUGUCUCACAGGAGUGGACAAAAUCAUAG